UAAUAAUAAUGAAUUUAAGAAAAUAAGCAACAAAACUGUCCUGCUUUCCUGUAUCCCUUUCUGAACUUCCUUCUAUGUGUCAAUGUUUCACUGACGCUCUUUUCUUUCUUUUCAUUACUAAUCACCAAUUCCCCCAUUGGCUAUGUCUGAAAAUGUAUGCCUCAUUCACUCUGUACCUGUAGUACGUUCCCUGCCUGCCAAGAGGUAGUAGACCUGCUUUACCACUAAUCAUCUGAAGUCAUGAUUGGUCAUUGCAACAGUGUCCUAGAAUCUUCCAAAGUUGUUUUCUGUCUUGCUUUUGGGGUCAUUUCCCCAAAACAUUUUCUAAGGAGUUUACACUCCACUAGAUCAGAAAGAUAACCUAUCUCAGUCUGGGCUCAGAAAGACCAGAUCAGGAGGAUGAGUAGGCUACUUUCUCCACAUCCUCAGACAAAGGGGAACCCAGGUAUUUUUAAAUACAAAGCCCUGUAUCAGGGAAACAAAACAAAGUAUGAUUUGGUCCCUGCUUUCAAGGAUUUACUAAUCUCAUAGUCUAAAUGACAGACUCACCAUUUAAACCAAAUAUGUAUGUCUUUGUAAGAAACUUUGAAAGGACUCAUUUAUAUCUAAUAAUUCUCUUUUCUAAAAACAUAACAUCACUUUUUAAAUUCACAGGAAUAACAUGAAUGCUCACCAUAGGUCACUAGGAUAAUAUGCUAACUAGACUGUACUGUCACCCACCAGGAUUGAAUAUUGUACCCUGGAAUGUGUUAAAUUAUAAAAACUUUGGAGUGCAUUUAUGGGUGUUACCCAGAGCACCUUCAAAUUUUCCUCUUCCAUCCUGUGCCCCCAAGGAAGUAGACCUAUUUUGCCCUACCAUUUUUAUGGAGCUACUGUUGAUACAUAGACUGCUUUAACAGAAUCAGAUUUCAUUAUUCUUUCAACCAGGAAUAUGAGAAUGCUUUUGUGUGUUUAUUUGUUUUCACUCUGGCUCCAUCGAUAACUGCCAGGCUCCUGUGGAAUAUUAUGUCAUGUUGGUGCCCCAGUGCAUUUGUAUGAACCCAAAGAAUGCAGUAUUUGUCAUCAUGUGGCUUUUAGAACAAAAUGCCCCAAGACCUUCAGUCUUAUGUGGAAAGGACAUACAGUGCUUUUUUCAUAAUUUGGCUCCUAGAUACUGCAGUGCUUCUCAAAAAGAGUCAAUACAUUCAUUAUUAAAAUGUAUCUAAGACAGCUGAAAUAAAGCAUUCAUACUGGUAAUAAAUACUCAUUAGCUUUGAAAUACAGGUGCUGGGAUCUGACUACUAUAUGUUUUCUAAAGAUUUCCCUCUUCUACUCCCCCAAUAAGUUCUCCACUUCACAUACUAUUUUCCCUCUAAUUCAUCUAAUUCAGAGGCAGGUAGGUAGUUCACUGGAUAGAAUAUUGGGCCUGGAGUCAUGAAGAUCUAAAUUCAAAUUCAGGUGCAGGCAUUUACUAGCUUUGUGGCCUUGGGCAAGUCAUUAAACCUCUGACUGCUUGAGUUUCCUCAGCUUUAAAAUGGAAUAAUAAUAGCAUCUAUCUCAUCAGGUCAUUUGAAGUAAUGAACAAGAUAUGUAUCAUGUAUCAAACACUUAUGACAGUACUUGGCAUAUAGUAGGCUCUUAAAAAUGCUUAUUCUCUUUCCUUCCUACAUUCUUCUUUCUCCUUGCUACUUUUGAGUACAGAAGUGAUGAGAGGCAGAUGCACAGUUAUUCUGACAGGGUUACUCCCAUUAUGUUAGGAGCUAAAUUCGGUGGAUUAUAUACAAGCUAUGUAGUUCAGGUGUUCUUAAUCUGGAUGUCUCUGUAGAUUUCAGGGGAUUCAACUUUUUAAUAAUAUAUUUUGAUAAUUAUUUCACUAUGAUUGAUUUUCUUUGUGAUCCUAUAUAUUUUCUGUGAUUAAAAAAUAUUUGUGAGCAUUUCAAAACAGAUCCAUUGGCUUUACCAGACAGUAUCAAAGCAUUUUUCUUAGGGCAGUCUCCUUUGCAGUGACAAAAAAAGGAAAGAAAGUAAAAAAAAAGCAAGAAAGCAUGUACUUUAGUUGUUGGUAAAUGUUGAAGAAUGGGAAAAGGAGGGCAAAGAGAUGGGGAGGUAAGAUUCAGAGGACUUGAUCUUCUUAGUAAAGCAAGGGACAAAGGUGAUCUACUCUAAGUGGGUCUGAGGAUGUGUUUAGAGCCUUAAGUUACCAAGUACAGAUAAUUAUCUAUAAGGCUGUUUGAAUUUAAUUAAACAAGUCUAAUGUUUCAUUAAUCAGAAGAAUACAUAAAUGAAGUUUAAUUCAAAGAAUAUGCUAUAGUAUAUGCCAUAGAAUAUAAUAUAUAUGGUGAACCUAUGGCAAACCUAUGGCACAUGUGCCAAAAAGGGAAUGCAGAACCCUCUCUGUGGGUACACUUUGGUCACCUGCCAGAAUUCCUUACUAGAAAGGCAGAGAGACUUGGGGCAGAGUUGUUCCCUUCCUCCUCUCCACUUUACCUGCCCCUCUGCCUUUUCUCCCUUUCCUCUAGUUCCUCUCCUUCCUACCUGUUUGUUACCUUAAAAUUUUCUCUCUCUCUUCUGCCACUUUCUUAACUAUGUCAUCUACCUAUCCCAGUUCCACUUUGUCUUUGAUCCUGAUUUUUUAAAAAAGUUGUCAGCAGCUGAUGCUUUUUCCUUCCCAGAUCUGAUGCUGACUUUGAAGCAUAGCAUUUGUAGCACCUGUGGAGGACACUAACUGUUACAGUUAUCAGUUAAAAGGGCAUGCUGUAUGCCAGGCCCUCCAUUAUGCUAUUAAUUUCCCCCAGGGAAUUCCUGUGCAUGUUCCAGAGAAGCACUGUGUAACUUGUGGGAAAGAACUCAAGGUUGAUAAGGUUUUCAGUAAAGAACUAACAUAAAAAGCCAGCAAGGGGAGAUGUGAAGGCUGACUGCAGCUGGAAGGCCUUUUGUUACAUGGAGGUGCUGAUGUCUUGAUUUAGGCUUUUCUAAGCUUUAAAUUGGGAGCUUUUCUUUGUUUGGACUAUAAACCUGAGACCAAGCUAUGUUUAACUUUGAGCCAGACAAAUGAAAGGCCAACUUGGCUGUAUACUUACUGAAAGUGCCUUUUUCACUAAGCCCCAUACUCAGAAUCCUAUAACAUAACUGCCACAGACUUGGCUGCUUUUCACAUCAAACAGAAUGUUAUGGGGAGUGGGGGGGGGGGGAAGAAAAAUAUUUUCUCCCACUACUCUCCUACAUGCAUGUACCCUUUGCUGCAGCCAAACUGAAUUACUCUCAGUUCCUGAACACACCCUGUACUUUUCCUGCCUCCUUGGUUUGGCUCCUGCCAUUCUUUUUUCUCUUAUUCCUCCAUCUUCUCUUCCAGUGCCACCUCUUUCAUGGAGACUUUCUAGAUUACUGCUUUGUCCCACCCAUGAGCAGUUUCUUCCAUCCUCACAAUCAAUUUGUGUUGCUGGUAUUGCUAUAUGCCUUAAAAGUUAAAUGGUAAAGUAGAAAUUGUCUUUACUUCGUCUUUGGGUGAUAUUUCAUCAGACCAUAUAGUAGAAGUGAAAUGACAUUGUAAAUGUUAGUUAUUGUAAAUCUAUGAAGUAGAAAAAUCAAAGCAGAGAGGAAAGGGAGAUUUGGGGAACAUUAUUCUCCAAAAGACCCUCUGGUAUUCAAUCUGUCUUCUGGGUGUACCAUUUUGUAAUUCUAUGUAAUUUUUCUUCUGGCAUUGAUGUAGUUGACUUUUUUUUUAAACUAGAAAAAUCUUCACAGUUCACAUCUUUUUCAAUGAAAGGCAGCUGUUUUUAUUGCUUGAAGCCAUUUUUGCACUGAUUGGGGGACAAUACCUGAGGAAGCCCUCUCUGAUGACCUGGCCACAGGUAGAGAGAGAAAUUAUGGAAGCUGAGCUACCAGGUGUUUCAUCCCCCCACCCCCAGUUCCUUUCUUUUAACUCUCCGGCUGCGGCUGCUCUUGGGUGCUUAGUCAGCUGGGAGGCAAGACUCCACUGUUUGCAUUUGCCCUCUGCGGUGGAGGGCUGGGAGUCCCAAGCGGCUGCUGCAGCCUGGGCUCGGCUCUUUCAGCCUGACUUGGGAGUACUUUCACAUUUUCCCCCCUCCCAUUCAUUGGUUCCCCAGGGUCACGUGAAGUCCCGGGGGUGCGGGGGGUGGGGGGGGCUGGAAUUCGGGAGUUGUAAGCUUUUGGCACUCCUUUUUUUUUUUCUUUUAAAAAAAAGGGGGGGGGGGGGCUUGCUCAGUGCGUCUCUCUCCCAGGCUUGUUGCUUUUGCGCUACUGUGAGUAAAGUUGGAAGCAGCCGCGCAAAGAAGUGGAGGUGGCAGGUUAAAAGGGAGUGGGAAAAAAAAACGAAAGAAAGAAAGAAAGCUGCGGAGAUGUUCAGACAGGUACCCAGGACCCCGGGCUCUGGCUGCUACUAUCUCAAUCCCAUGACCCCUGAGGGCCAGGAGAUGUACUUGCGGCUAGAUCAGACGAUGAGGCGCUCUCCUUACAGGAUGAGCCGGAUCCUCGCGCGCCAUCAGCUAGUGACCAAAAUCCAACAAGAAAUUGAAGCAAAAGAAGCGUGUGACUGGUUACGAGCUGCUGGAUUCCCACAAUAUGCUCAACUCUAUGAGGAUUCACAAUUUCCCAUCAACAUCGCAGCUGUAAAGAAAGAUCAUGAUUUUCUUGAAAAGGACCUUGUAGAACCUCUUUGCAGACGACUCAACACAUUGAACAAGUGUGCCUCAAUGAAACUUGAUGUGAACUUACAAAGGAAAAAGAGUGAUGACUCAGAUGAAGAAGAUCUAUGUAUCAGUAACAAAUGGACUUUUCAAAGGACAAGCAGGAGAUGGUCUCGAGUGGACGACAUCCAUACGUUGUUCCCCCAGGCCAGCAGGCAUGGUUCAUCCGGGGACAUCAGAAUGAAAACCACGACAAGCAGUGAGAGUGUCCUCACUGACCUGAGUGAACCCGAAGUCUCUUCCAUCCACAGUGAAAGCAGCGGAGGGAGUGACAACAGGAGCCAGACUGGCAUUAACAAUACUAGCCGAGAGGCAUUCGACUGUUCAGGACAGUACUGUGGGGAGACCCCAGUCAUGCUCGACUCCACUUUAGUCAGCAGCAGCUUCUUACAGAACUCCAAAGACAUUGCCAAUUAUACUUUUCACCCAAAGAAUGAGAAACCAACACGAACUAGAGCCAAAUCUUUCUUAAAACGCAUGGAGACGCUAAGACCAAGAGGGACUCAUGGCAAAAUAAAAGGAUCAGGAAGGACGGGUGGCUUGGUGAUAAGUGGACCUGUUCUCCAGCAGGAGCCAGAAUCUCUAAAGACCAUGCACUGUGUGCCCUUAGCAAAUGGGGAUUUCUCCAACCUUCCCCAAGAGUCAGCCAAGAAAGGGCUUCCAUUUUCUGCCAAGUCCAGCAGCGACAGCAGUCAGUCAGAAAAUAGCAGUAGUGGUGUGAGCACCCCCUGCUUGAAGGACCGCAAGUGCCAUGAAGCCAAUAAACGAGGGGGGAUGUACCUGGAAGACCUAGAUGUUCUGGCGGGGACGGUAUUGCAGGAAGUCAUAGACCAAAACCAUAAAAAUGAUUUCCACUCCCAGGAGAACUUGGUGGUCCAUAUCCCCAAAGACCACAAACCAGGGACUUUCCCCAAGGCACUUUCUAUUGAAAGCCUCUCACCAACUGAUAAUAGCAAUGGGGUGAACUGGAGGACGGGCAGCAUCUCUCUGGGCAGGCAGCAGUGCUCUAGUACAAAAGAACCCAGACUUAUGGCUUCUUGUCCCAGAGAGAGUAGAGUUAGUAUUUAUGACAAUGUCCCAGGCUCGCACUUGUAUGCCAGCACUGGAGAUCUUUUGGACUUAGAGAAAGAUGACCUCUUCCCCCAUUUAGAUGACAUUCUGCAACAUGUUAAUGGACUCCAAGAGGUAGUGGACCACUGGUCGAAGAAUGUCUUGCCAGAACUUCAAUCGGAUGAUGCCUUAGUUGGGGAAUCUGGCUUGUCACCCUUUCCAUCAUCUCCCAAUCAGAUUACAUUAGAUUUUGAAGGGAAUUCUGUUUCUGAUGGUCGUACAACACCUAGUGAUAUGGAAAGGGAUGGAACCUCCCUUAAUGACUCAGAAGCGACUGGAGUCAGAGAAAGGAGGGAUUCUGGUGUUGGGGCAUCACUCACCAGGCCUAACAGGAGGUUACGAUGGAAUAGUUUCCAGAUCUCCCAUCAGCCAACUCACUCCAUAGCAUCUCCACAAAUCAGUAAUCAGACAGCUGGCCAGUUGAAUCUCCUCCAACGAUUCUCACUCCUUCGCCUCACUGCCAUCAUGGAGAAGUAUUCCAUGUCAAAUAAACAUGGCUGGACAUGGUCAGUGCCAAAGUUCAUGAAGAGGAUGAAAGUCCCUGACUACAAAGACAAGAAUGUCUUUGGUGUUCCACUGAUCGUUCAUGUCCAGAGAACAGGACAGCCUCUGCCUCAGAGCAUUCAGCAAGCACUGAGAUAUCUGCGUAGCAACUGCCUCGAUCAGGUGGGUCUGUUUCGGAAGUCAGGAGUGAAAUCUCGAAUCCAAGCUUUGCGGCAAAUGAAUGAGACCUUCCCUGAGAAUGUCAGCUAUGAGGACCAGUCUGCUUAUGACGUAGCAGAUAUGGUCAAACAAUUCUUUCGGGACUUGCCAGAGCCACUCUUUACAAGCAAGCUAGGAGAAACUUUCCUCCACAUCUAUCAGUAUGUUCCUAAAGAUCAACGUCUCCAGGCAGUACAGGCCGCCAUCAUGCUAUUGGCAGAUGAAAACAGAGAGGUUCUGCAGACUCUGUUGUGUUUCCUGAAUGAUGUUGUCAAUUUGGUGGAAGAAAAUCAGAUGACACCCAUGAACCUGGCUGUGUGUCUGGCCCCUUCCCUUUUCCAUCUUAAUUUAUUAAAGAAAGAAAGUUCCCCAAGAGUGAUACAGAAGAAAUAUGCUACAGGCAAGCCAGAUCAAAAGGACCUCAAUGAGAAUCUGGCAGCCACUCAGGGACUUGCCCACAUGAUAAUAGAAUGUGACAAACUUUUUGAGGUUCCACAUGAUAUGGUAGCUCAAUCUCGUAAUUCUUACAUGGAAGCUGAAAUCCAUUCUCCAACACUGGAAGACCUGGGAAAACAGCUGGAAGAGAAUGGAGGAAAUUUUCACAUGUACCUGGAACAUCUCAUCCAGGGGCUUCAGAAAGAAGCAAAAGAAAAGUUCAAAGGAUGGGUCACUUGUUCAAGUGCAGACAGUACAGACCUCGCUUUCAAAAAGGUUGGAGAUGGAAACCCACUGAGGCUCUGGAAGGCUUCUGUGGAAGUAGAAGCUCCCCCCUCAGUAGUGUUGAACCGAGUGCUGAGAGAGCGUCAUCUUUGGGAUGAGGAUUUUGUGCAAUGGAAGAUUGUGGAGACGUUGGACAAACAGACAGAAAUCUAUCAGUAUGUUUUGAAUAGCAUGGCUCCCCAUCCUUCUAGAGACUUUGUGGUUCUGAGGACUUGGAAGACUGAUUUGCCAAAGGGAAUGUGUACGCUCGUGUCUAUCUCUGUGGAACAUGAAGAAGCCCAUCUGAUGGGUGGCGUGCGAGCUGUCGUGAUGGAUUCUCAGUAUCUUAUAGAACCUUGUGGCUCUGGCAAGUCCAGGCUGACACACAUCUGCAGGAUUGAUCUCAAAGGUCACUCCCCAGAGUGGUACAACAAAGGCUUUGGACAUCUUUGUGCAGCCGAAGUAGCCAGAAUAAGAAACUCUUUUCAGCCUAUUAUUGCUGAGGGUCCUGAAACUAAGAUCUGAACUGGUUGGGCAAGGAAGAAGAGAAAGCAGAAACUCCUUCUCAAAAUGAGAGAAAAAGAGAGAGAAAGAUUUGGAAAGUGUUUGACAUGGAAAGACUGAAGAGUGGCCGGAAAGCACCAGAGGGCAGAGACGUCUGCAAGUCAUCUUUGGAAGAUGUGCUCGUCACUAAUAUAAUAGAUAUUCUUUUAUCAGAGCUUUGUAUCUCUGUUACUUAAAAUUAAAUAGACUAUUAUCUGUGCAUUGCCUAAUUUUGCUAUUUAAGCGCUUCUACGAAGCAUAUUUUAAAUUGUAAAUAAACUUCUGUGUAGAAUAUGUACAUAUUUGUGUAUAUCUCUAUAUACUGUAUAUAUAUUGUACAGUAAUUAUUAUAUAUAUAUAUAUUACAUAUAUCUAUAAUUGAGUGUUUGGAACACGAAAGCACCUGCAUCAUUUUGACCCUUACUUAUCUGAUCUUGCUGGGAUCUCUUCAAUGCAACAGAGUCUAAGCAAUAGCCACCAUUAGCAGCCCUAAGACAUGACCUAUGUAGCCCGUUGUAAUAUCUAACCAAAAGAUCCCUAACCAAAGGAAAAUCAUUUCAGUCAUUCUCUUCUAUACAAACCUUCAGCUCAUAUUAAUUAAAAAAUAAUGAAGUAUUGGCUGAGAUAAGUAAAAGAUAAUAGUUUCCAUUAAAACAAAGCCACUCUUGACAAGUAAUUAGCCAUUAUGGGACUAGAAUGUAAAAAAGAGCCAAUGAUCCAAUGUUCAUCGGCCCACGUUCAGGGAACUAUGAGAUACUGAUGAGUAUUCUAGCUCAUGGUGUAAAAUAUUUCCUCAUAAAAUAGAAACAGAGGCAGUGUUCCCACCCAGAUUUAGAGAGAAAUAUUAUAGCUUUUUUAUACAUAAAGUAGAAAAGAAACUACACUUUUUCUAAAGCUUUCAUAGAGACAUUUCAUAAUUUUCAUAAAUUUAAUUCAAUUUGACUAAUAGACUUUUUGGUCACAUUUAAUUAACAUUUUCUUACCAAUAUAUUGCACUGAUUUCUUAACAAGGACACCAAUUUAAGAGAAAUAAUGGCCAUUCAAGAGAACUGGACCAUUACACUUUCAGGGAAUUCAUAUUUUAUUACAUAUAAUGCUUUUAAAAUAUAUAGUUCAUCGAAGUUUUACAAUUGAAAGAGUGGGUUUUUAAUUAACAUAAAACCAAAAAAUAUACUCCUAAAUUAGUUUUAGAAAAAUAUACAAGUUUAUUAAUAUCAUGUUUCUUCAUUAGUCAACUCAAGCUACCUAAAUGUUUGCCCCAACCUUAUUUAUUGCUGUAUAGUCUAAUCAGAAGACGACUGAAAACCAAUGCCAAUGGUUUUUCUUUAUUUUUUGUUUGUUUGUUUUAAAUGCAUUCAGCCAAUGGUAUCAAAAGGAAUUUAUUAUUAUUUGGAUUCAGUUAGAGACAUUUUUCUUAUAGCAAGUCAUCCAGCAAUUGGCAAAAGAGAAAAAAGCUUCAUUUACUCACUUCAAGUAUUUCAAAUCUGCUUUCAUUAAUGUUGUUUUUCUGCUGUCUGCAACAUGCAGGCAUUGUAUUGAGGAGAUUAAAAGUAUUAAAGGUAUGAGGACUGAAUUGCUUCAGUCACCUAUAAGGGAACCUUUGCUGCAUUUUUCUUUUUUACCGGGUGUGAAGGCAGUUGUCAUUAAAAAAUGACCUUUUUUUUUUCCUUGCCCCAGUGGCACCUGGGUAUCUUUUCCCCAGUGCAUCCAAAGAAAGGCUAUCAUAUGCUAUUGUCAUUUGGGCCACCCUCCAGGAGCCAAGCAGACUAGCUUCUGCCAGAACACGUGAAGUUUAACUUCCCACGUAGACCCUUGAUGGUCUACAUCAAAAUAAGUGUUAUAUGACAUCAAACUAUCCAGUUACUGGACAAGCUUCAUCCAAAGGGACAAAAAAAGGAAAACAUGUAAUUAAUGUUAGAUACAAACAGGAAAAAGCUAGUCAAGCAGUAUCUGGAGGAUAAUUAACAAAGUGGCCAUCAGAAGUGGGGCACAGAAGCUUAUGCCUGAUGUUCCUUCUUUUGAAAUUACCUAACUUUGUUCUCAUUCUCCCUACAUCUCUAAACUGCCUAACAACAUGGUGCACCUCUUUAAAAAACGUGCAUUAAGCUUGUGUCAAACACUAUACAGUAUUUUGUUUCAUUGUUAUCUUGCCAUUGGGAAUACAAUACGAUCAUUGCAUUUUUAAUGUUAUAUUCAUAUUUAUACCUCAUGUAUAUUUUUUACCUCAGUUGGUAUCAAUCAUCAAUUGUAAAUAAAUAAUUGCCAAGACAAAUAAAUUUAUAUAUGCUAAAGAA